ACUUCAUUUUGUAUGAAAACAAGGGGCCGCGGCGGUCGCGCUUUCCGUCAGACAGACUGUUAUCACCUGUGGUAGAGCGUACGCUUAUGGUGCGCUGCUGGUAGUUCGGCCUGGUUCGGCGCCAACUGCGGUGGGUGGCCCGCAGCCACUUGUCUGUGGCCCGAUAUCACUACACCGCGCGAGCUUGAUGGACGAGUCAGCCUCUCCCGAAGGUGGCUUGCCGGCAAAGUAUCAGAAACUCGCCUAUGAGUACUCCAAGCUACGUGCGCAAGCUCAGGUCCUCAAGAAGGCUGUGGCAGAUGAGCAGGUCAAGAAUGCCGAGCUCAAGGACUGCUUGAAGGACAAAGAUCAGGGGAUGCGCAAGCUGCUACAGGAAGUUGAAAGUCUGAAUUUCUGCAACCAACAGCUAACAAAGCGAGUCGGCUUCCUCCAAGAAGAACUUGAAGAUCGGUCAAAGAAGAAUAAGCAGAAGAAACACCAUGCAGCAGCCACGGCCUCUCCAAUGCACCAGGGCAUCAUUGACGCAGAGUUGCAGAGUCGCAUUGAAGAGAACGAGAAGCUACACUUACAGGUGUCAGCCGCAGAGCUUGAGCACAAGCAGACAGUUCAGAAGCUGGAAACAGAGUUGGAAGAGGUACGACAGGUGCUUGCCUCACACAAGGACCAACUCAGUGAUGCUGUCGGCAAACGUGAGGAGCAGAUCAGCAGGCUCACUCAGGAGCGAGCAAAGCUUGAGCUGAAGCUGAAGUCAUGUGAAAAGGAGCUGAAAGAAGUAUCGAUGAAGAAUGAACUGAGUGAAUCCAAGUUGGCUGAGGUCACAGAGAUCCUGGGAAGCCGGUUAGAGGAGGCCAAGACUAUUGUAGAACAAUAUGUUCAUUUCAGAGAUGUAGGUGACGGGCGUGCUCCAGGACUGGAUGUACCCGUGACGCGGCAGGCGCACGAGAAUGGGGUGCGUGCCCUGCUCUGGCAGUUGGCUGAGCUGGUGCCCGAGGUGAGCCAGGCCCUGUCCACGUUGCACACAUACGCCGAGCAGCGAGUGCGCCUCCUCCUUGCCGGCGCCAUCUGUGGGCUGCAGCCGCAACAGGCACAGGGCCCGCUACAGCUGUUUGCCCAGCACCUGCAUGUCAACGUGGCAUACCUGCAGCCCAUUGAAGAGGCUUACCAGGCCUAUUUUGACACUAUUUGCCAACAAGAACUCUACAUUUUGGAUGGUGGUCCUGUGAUUUUGCCCUUGUCGGCAGCACUCUCCAGAUACGUCUCGUACCUGAACAAGCUUCUGCCAUACGUUGUACUCAGUUUAAAAGCAGGCGCUAGCUCACCAACUUCUGACACGAAGUGUCAUGAACUGCGGGCAAAGCUUGGGCAUGUCGUUAACCGUGUUGUCGUCAAAUUUGACAAGAUGAGCCGGUAUCUGCUGUUGCUGUCAGCGAAGGGUUGUGAGCCUGGUUCUAAAAUGUGCCAUUGCACUGGGUACAUGACGGUUGUCGGAAAGCUAGUCAGCAUCACCAAAUGCCUCUGGGAGGAUUUUGAAGAUGUCAAGAGGCAGCUGAGUUCCCUCAUGCUUCUUGAGCACGAGAUGCCGACUGUUUCCUCAGAGGCCAGGACAACAGACGACUGCUUGGUCAGCAGCCUAGCAUCUGUUGCUAACAGCUGCAAGAAGCUGUCACGAGCACUUGAGAGCCAUGGCAAGGUGUUGCUCUCCAGGGAGGCCUACCAGUGCAGGGGCCUCAUCCGCAACAGGCCACUGUGCACCUCGCACCUGGGUCCGCAUGUGGCGCUCCUCAGGCAAAGGGGCACUGCGUACCUCAGGACGUGCCAGCUGUAUGCAAGAAGCCCUGACUGUGUACCAUAUAGCAUUGCAAUUGAAAAUUCAGGAGCCCUCCGGAGCCAUGUGGAAAACAAGGAGUCCUUUGCCCAGCAGCUUGAAAGUCUGAAGAACAAAGUUAGGAAACUUGAGGAGGAGAAGGAACACUGGAUGCUGGAAUGGCAGCUGUUGCAAGCGAAGUACGAGAGGCAGGCUAAAGACAUGCUACCAGUGUCUGGGCAGCUGCUAAACAAAGGCGAAGGUGAUGGUCAUGACGGCGAAGUGAUAGUAGAACACUUCAAGGCACGCAUAAAGGAGAUGAUUUGGCAGAACCAGCUGGCUGACAGCAAGGCUGUCUACUACUAUUCGGAGUGCAAGGCACUUCAGAAGAGGCUCCACCUGGCAGAGCAGCACAAGGUGGAGCUUGAAAACCAGCUUCAGGACACGCAGCUCACGCUACAGCAGCUCAGGGAUGAGAUGCGUUCAACGGUGCGCAGUUACGAGGACCAGCUGAGCACAAUGAGUGAGCAUCUGGCCAGCAUGAACGAGAAACUGACUCAGCAGAAGGACGAGAUCGACGCCUUGCGCCACAGCUCCUCCUCGACCAAGUUUGGGAAGAAGCUCAAGCCAAAGUGAAGAGCCUGUACAUUCCCUGGAUGCAAGGAAAGCACACCUCGCAUGCUCCAAAAAGGACAUCAUUGAAUUCCUCAAAGCAUAGUUGGAGUGACACUCCAUGUGGUGCCAUGAAAAGAAACUUGCCAGGGCAUUUCCAACAAAACAAAUGAUGGCACACCUGAGAAGGGAAUUUGUCGUAGAGUCCUUUUUGCUCCAAAUGGUUGCCUGGCAAAUUGCAUGUACCGUACGCUUCCAGCCUGCACAUCAUAGUAGCCUGCAUAGCAGCCUGCAUAGCCCCCAAUUCACAUGCGCUAUCUGCACCACUAUAUGGCCAUUCCAGCAUCACUGUUCUAGCAGCACAAGAAAGCUUGGUGCAAUAAAUGCUCCCGGUGUCUUCUUUGA